GGACUGGGUGCGCCGAAUGAAUGGGGCCGGCUCGCUGCAGCUGAGAGUCAGCAUGUCAAAGUUCGGCGUGGAGGUAUGAGCAAGGAUGCCCAUGAAUCCAUAGCCGGGAUUAAUGCAUUUGGAGAGGAUCCAUAAAACAUGGGCGACCUGGAGUGUGGCUUUGAGGAAAUGCAAGGAGUCAGACUGGGCUACCUGCUCAUCCAAGGCAAGCAAAUGUUUGCUUUGUCUCAGGUCUUCACCGAGCUGCUCAAGAACAUUCCACGCACCACCGUGCACAAGCGCAUGGACCACCUGAACGUGAAGAAGCACCACUGUGACCUGGACGAGCUGCGCAAGCUCAAAGCAAUAAACUCCAUCGCGUUCCACGCAGCCAAGUGCACUCUCAUAUCUCGGGAGGACGUGGAGGCUCUGUACGUCUCCUGCAAAACCGAGCGGGUGUUGAAGUCCGGCAGCAACAAAAGGAAAGCGACGUCGUGCGUCACCGCGGAACGCCUCGCGUCCACGGAGCUCCUCCGUGCGGACGCAGAGCUCUGGCAGGAAAAAGUUUGGUUGAGUUUGCACGGCGUGCACGACAAAGCGGCGAAGGGGAGGCGAGAACCCUGCGACUCCAAACUACCUCACUUUUACCACAAAACCCACGGACGGGAUUACCGCUCGGCCACGAAGUCCACUCACAGACACUUUAAAAACUAUGAAACAGCCAAGUUGCAAGGGAACCGGGUGACAUUCAGCCAGAGGCACUCGUUUUUCCGGAGCGCUCCUGCAGCAGCGCUCCAGUCCGCCAUGGCUGCUCAGUCCAGGCUCUCUCGCACAGCCGGCGACGUUCAUCACAAAAGGAAGAGGCGGCGCGAAGGGGGCGGCGGCAGGGACGGCGUGAGACACCCCUGGAGGAGCAGACACCACCAACACGUCCCGCCGGUUCUACUCGUCCAACCCAAAUCAUCCAUUACGCACCGGAGCGCUUUUGGUGCCUUCCAGCUCAGCCCGGACUUCUACAUUCACCAUCAUCAUCUCCAGCCGAGCUUCCCGGAGAGCAGCGACACCGAGUCCAGCACCUAUUCAGACCGCGCCUACCCGGACUCGGAUUUUGGUUCCGGAUUAUCCACCACCAGCAGCUCAGACGAGGAGGAGGAUGACGACGACGAGGAUGACACCCAGUCAGAAAGCACUGAUGUCAGCUCGGAUGAGGAGGAAGAGGAGGAGAGCUCUUCUCAUUCUGACUCCAGUUCCGUAUCCAGCCGGGUUUCGGUUCAAAGCAUCCGGUUCAGACGAGCCCGAGUGGGAACCCUCGCCAAAACCCUUAACCCAAUUAACGCUCCUCUGGUUCUGCAGCCCACUUUCCACUACAACAACCAGCAGCACCAGGACAGCUCACCACUGCAGGCCCAUGCAGCAUCCACACACGAGAAGUGGCAAUUUAGGAAUCACUCCGGAUCCAUACCUAAAUUACACUCAGUGAUUUUCACCGAGACCAAAUGGGACAAAGAGGGACCAAAGCAGGCCCUCCACGCACCACGCAGGACGUUCGUGUGUCCCAUCAACGAGCACAAAGACCACAAAGUACCCUAUAACGAUGAAAGGGGUGUGAGAUCCACAGGACCUAGACUCACUCCGCCUAAGAAAAUAAAGACCGAGGCGGAGGAGUCCUCUGUGACGGCCUCCCCCGCCCCCGAGAGCGGCUCCAAGGUAGCCAGGACGCCGCCCCCUGGUCUCCAUAAAGUGAAGUUAAAAGUGGAAGAGUGUUGCGAUGAAUACGAACACCACAGCCAGCCUGCUGCAGCCAAAUGCAAAGAACCACAGAGCAGCACUGAAGCGCCAUUGGAAGUUCGAACCCCGGAUGUGUCCCCCGCGUCACAGGGACACAUGAGCAGUCAUGAACCGCUCGAUGAAGUGGAAGCGAGAGGUAAAAAUUGCAAGGCUCCAACCCUGGCCAGGAGAUCCAGGCUUUCCAGGGCGCAAUCAAAACAAGCCAGGGCCACCAGGGCUGCUUCCUCCUCCUCCUCCUCUUGCGGCUCCCAGCCUUGCGAAGAAGCCUCCGUGGAGGAUUUACCCAGCCGACGUAAACGCAGCGGUGCGAACGCCGCGACAUGGACCGGAAAAAUGCCUUUCAGUUUGAUGGCCAACUUCCCAUUCUCGGCGUCGCUGGUUGUUGGCAGCGACGGGGAUCUGUGCCCGGCUUACUCCCUCAACUCUCUGAAGGGCGCCGGGCCUCCCCCUCCGUCUCACCCCGUGUGGAGCUGGCAGCCAGGCGGACAUAUUCUCCCUCCCCCACACGCUCACAGAACGAGGAGAUACUGAGCAGGGAAAAAAAACAAAAAACAAAAAAGCAAAUCUCCCUCAAAAUACACAUUUUUUUAAACCCCAUUGUAAAUGCAUUUUCAUUAUGAACACAGUUGCAGUAAACGCCCACUGUGUGGACUGUGAGGCCCCCCGUUAGUGGAUUUAUAUAUAUUUUUAAACAAGCUACCAGCCCUAAGUGAUAUAAAAUGACUUUUUCCCCUCGACCUGUUGGAUUGUAUACUGUGCCAGGGUGUCUCUGGUUGGUGCUUUGUCUGAAAAAAAAAGGAUGUACUGUU